AUAUGUUUGCUGUACAUAUAUUUAAUAACUUUUGAUAUUAAAAUUUGAGUGUGAAAUAAUGCAAUAUUCCUCAUUAUAUGCUAAUAUGUGAUUGAAAGAAAAACACAGUUGUGGAGGCAAGUUUUCCCUUGAGCUCAUGGAACAUAGCUUAUGCUAAGAUCAUCUGUAGAAGGAAACACAUCUGAUAUAUAUUUAACACGCUUCCAUUUAUUCUAUUUACAUUUGUUGUCGGCUGGAUUAACGAUUAAUAAAAUGUUGGCAUCAGUAAAACAUUUACUUGCACAAAAACGUAUAGUAUUGGCAAGCAGCUCACCACGUCGCCAAGAACUUAUCAAAUCAAUAGGAGUCGACAUUGAAUUAUGUCCAUCUAAUUUCGAAGAAAACUUGGAUUACCGCGACUUCAAGGAGUUCUCACAAUUUGUCGAGGCUACAGCGGCUGGCAAAGCUGAGGAGGUAUAUCAACGUCUACAUGCCGCAGAUCCGACAGCCGAUUUAUUGGUUAUUGGCGCUGACACAAUGGUCACGCUGGGCAGUGACGUUUAUGGGAAACCAAAAGAUGCAGCCGAUGCGGUGCGCAUGUUGACCAAUCUCUCUGGCAAAUGCAAUCGUACACAUACAGGGAUUGUGAUUAGACACGAUAAAGGUAUACGCCAGUUCACUGAGACCACUGAUGUAUAUUUCGGUGAUUUGAGCAAUGCGCAAAUACAAGAUUAUGUAAAAAGCGGAGAGCCACUCGACAAAGCAGGCGCCUAUGGUAUACAAGGAAUUGGCGGUUCUUUAAUUUCCAAAAUUAAUGGCGACUACUAUUGUGUAAUGGGUUUACCACUACAUCGCUUGUGCAAGGAGUUGUGCGCUUUGUUGGAGGACCCAAAUUCGCCUGAGAAUGGAUGUCCUGCAGAAAAGAAAACCAGAAUUGAAGAAAAUGUUAGUGAUUGAUCUAAGCAACAUCAUUUAAAGAACCAAAGCAAUUAUGAGGCUUUUAGUUAUUCUUAUAUAAAUACUUAUAUUAGGUUCUGAUAUGCCAAAUUUAAGCAAUCAAAUGUGAAAAGACAAACCCGCAGCAGAUUUUUAGACAGACAAUACACUACUUAAAUCAAAUUGACCUAUUAGCAUGAUAAGCAUGA